UCCUUCGAGGAGCAGUGUGGGCUGUCCGGGGUUCUCUGCUGACCCAAUCUGACUACUCUCCCCCUGCAGUGGCAAUAUUUUCACUUUCAUUUUCACUCCUACUUAAUUAUCUCUCGAAGUGGAGAGGAGCCACAUAACCCAAACGUCUCAGCGUUUCUCUCCCCGGCCCUGAGUUAGCAGCAGUCUGGUUUGCAAGGCAAAAUGAAAUUUAAGAAAUUUUUUGAGACUUGGCAAAAAGAAUAUGGGAUUGCAUCUACUUCAAUUGUCUUAUUAAUUUUGAUAGGGAUCGAAAAUGUAAUGGAAGUUGAAUUUAAAUGUCCUCCAAAGAAGACCUUAAGAAACUGGUACAGUGUCCUCUAUUUUGUUGUGCCAGCUGUGCUUUUCCUUUUCAUGAGCAUGGCUUUUCAGCAAAAAUAUCUCAAGAGAUGCUGCCUUAGCUUUGAUCACUGGUUUGAGUCUUCCUUUAGGAUUGUCUUGCCUUCUAUUAUAUGGAUUGUCAUUCUUCUCCUGGAUGGAAAAUAUGUGGAUUGUCUGUGUAAAACAUCUGAAGACUUCACAGCAGACAAUACAGAACAGCCCAGUGACUGUUAUGUAACAUCACAGAUUGCGGGUCUAGGCGUCAUUUUCGGGGUGACUGUCCUUUUUGUCAUAUACAAGCGGUCACUUUGGUGCUCCAACUGCGGUGAAAGCGAUGAGACGCAAGAUCAAUUUGAAAUGAGGGAUACUUCGACCAGAAAACAAAAAUGUAUGGAGAAAUUAGUGAAGGACAUCGUGGAACCUCAUGUCUCAGUUUGUUUGGACAAAGUUCUGGCGGUUAUUGAGGAAGAGCGUUCAUGUGAUUGACGUCAAACUGUCCCUGAGUAGAGUGACCGGCUAGCACAGGGGUGGGCAAACCUUUUGGACUGAGGGUCACUUCGGGGUUGCAAAACUGUAUGGAGGGC